UGAGGACAGCCUCUCGACUUCAACUCGAUCAAUCCAAUGAUCGAUUUGUCCCAUCAACAUGGCCUCGAAUUUCAUACGCCUCCUGAGGCCAUCCAGUAGGCCUGAGACGUUUGCUACGGCCAACGGGGAAGGCUCAAUCCAGAUUCGAGGCUGGGUUGGUAGCGACAAAAAGCCUCGAAAAACAGACGCCAUCUGCAAGUCUUGCUCCGAACUAAACUUCGAGCAGUUCUCCAACAAAAACAUCAGCCAUAGCAGAUCAGCACUGCUGUCCGAAUCAUGGGUCUUCGACCUUAAAAACAUCAUCAGUAAUAAGAAGAAGGAGAGGUGCAACUUCUGCAGCUUGCUCUUCGAGGCGAUUUGUGCCCACGACCCUUUCGAGCACCCAGCCAUCAAGAAUUAUAUGCCCCAAGACUUCAUUGGGAAGAACUUCAGACAGUGGGCCGAUGGACUUGACUGGAGGAGCCGUGUUCCUUGGUCGAGUCAUCCCUUUCGAAGAGGUCGCGAUGUCAUACACCUCGAUUUCGACGGGGAAGAUGGCCACGGAAAAGAAACUGUGCAAUGGACCAUGGAUGAGAACACGAUGCAAAAGGAUCUCAUACUCGCGAGUCAGGUGGCAGUCGCCAAUACUGCUGUGUAUCAUGCCAUCGCACAAUCAGCCAAAUCGGAUGAUCAAGACACGGCCCGGAUCCUCGAGGCAGUACGGGGAGUCAUCCCAACGGUUAUCACACUGGUGAAAAGAGCAGACAACAAGCUGCCUGUCGGCGUCUCGGUACAGAUGAAUGAUGCCUCCGAUGGAUCUGGCGUGGGCCUGUUCGUUGUGGGAGUCUGGGGAUUUGGCUGUGGGCCAAAGCCACUGCUCUCCUGCUUGACCACGUUCAACCUCCGCAUGGCCGCACCAUAUCAUACCCAAAAUGCCCAAAAAAACCUGAGUUACGGCAAGAUCAUCACCCCUAGGAUCAACGUAGAAGACGACUGCUUAAGCUGGAUGAGGCACUGUCUCAAAAAUCACGACAAGAAGUGCAGGAGCUCCCCACGCCCAGGAGGGGUUCAUUUUCGACUGGUAGACGUCGAGGAUGAACGGAUUGUACGUGUAAGAUCUGAUGGGCUUAAUAGGCUGCCAAAAUACACCGCUCUGUCAUAUGUUUGGGGAGAUGAAGGCAAAGCAGCCCUCAAUUUUUACACCACAAACCUAAGGGACCUCGAUGAAUCGAUCAAUGUCCCUGGUAGCCCUGUCGGUACAACGACCCGCGAUGCUAUUGCAACCACCAAGCGGCCUGACGACGAACCGGCUCGUCGGUUGCAAACCAAACAAAUGGACAAAAUAUUCGGCCAUGCUCAGAUCGUCCUGGUGGCCGCGGCAGGAACUCAUGCCAAUGCGGGGCUGGCAGGCAUAUCCAUGGAUCGUGUCCCAGCACAAAUUGCCAGUGAGAUUAUUCCUGGUGUCAACGUCUUGCUUCCAGUUCGAUAUCCACAAACAUAUGGAAAAUGGGACACAAGAGCAUGGACUUUGCAGGAGAAGCUUCUUUCGAAACGAAUGCUGACUACCGAGAGAUGGAAUGGUACAACUACUCUUCUACGGUCACCUCACUUUACGGAGUAUGCCAGAAUCCUGGAGCAAUACACGAGUCGAGGUAUAACCGACUCGGCAGAUGUGUUGAAUGGUCAAAACCAUUCACUCUAUGAUCUUCCCGAAAGACUACUUGACCUCGCCCUUCUCUGGCAACCACCUGCGAUUCAAGAUGUCCAUCUUGCCAGGCGCGCUGGCGGCGCCUUUCCCAGCUGGUCAUGGACUGGCUGGGAGGCAUGUAAGGCAAAUCCCAACGACCACGAUAGUCAGACUCAUCCUGGAGUACGUUUCGAGGAGCCAUUCUGGGUUUCAAGCUUUGACGACCUUUCUUUGAGGAAGGUUGUGGCAACUGGUACGAAAGCAGAAGAGCGCCAUAAGCCAAUGAUCCUUUGGUAUAAAGUCCAGGAAGGGAUAUCUCAGGAAAAGGUCAAGCCGCCUUCGGGUUCUAUCUCUACCACACCACAAGUCGCAGUCCGUGGGAAUUCUUCUGCCAAAGGUCCUGUCGUUAGCAUUCCCUCUUUGGCGCCGAUGAAUGGCAAUGGGUUAGGACUAGUUCUCAACAACCCGGAUUUAGCGAAGAAGUUCAUCGACCAAGCUUUGGAGUUUCGUGCGACAAAUAAGUCAGCCGCGUUUAUUAAAUACGCAGAAACGGUACCCAAGGUUGCGGAGGGAAUUCUUCGGGCUCACUGCCUUGUCUGUGAGACGGAGGUCGCACCCUUUGUUCUGGAUUCCACGGCCAAAAUCCGCAAAGAAACUCUCUGGCAGUCUAGGGCGGAUAUCAACAGUCCCCUCAAGGCUUCCAAAGAACCUCAAAGAUCAGCCGCUGAAACACGAGAUUCGGUGCUUGAGGUUGUGAAGGAACUAGUCAUCAAAGAAAUCGGAAUACGAGACGCAGUUGGCAACAUUGUGGGAUUUGUGAUACCUACCAACAGCAAACAGUCAGUUCACCUUUCUUCGUUUGACUUUAUACUUCUCUCAGAAUCACAAUAUUGGGGAAACGAGAAAAGAGUGGAUGUGGACGGAUUUCCGUUGUACAAUGUCAUGAUGGUAGAGUGGGAUCAUGGACGCAAGACUGCUACACGUGUGGGACUGGGCAGCGGGGCCAAUCUGGAGAACGGUGAUACUUGUCUAGGAUAG